UUCAAAAGCUUCAAAGCCUUGAAAGCAGAUAACUCUCCUUUAUUUUCCAUCGACUUCAUAUGCAGAAAAGUCAAGAGUCCAAUGACAAAAAGUUGUGAAGACUUCAAAGACUGAAAAAUCGGAUUGAAUCUUCCUAACAAAAUGAGCACAGCCAUUCUAUUUAUACCACGUUAAGCUAGCUUUUGAGUAGAUGUGGAUGGGGAAGACAGCUAUGAGUUUCUUGAAAUGGCUGGUCAUUCUAAUAUUCCACUUUUACUACCUUUUCUACCUCAGCAUAGCACAGCCUAAUUUCACUUUUCAAUCGCCAUGUGAAGGUAAUGAGACAGAGUACUCUCCGAAUGGUGCAUAUGGCACAAACCUUAACACAGUCCUCUCCUCUCUUUCACGUAACAUAGAUAGUGAUGGGUUUUAUAAUACUUCCAUAGGCCAAGAUCCCAACAAGGUUAGUGUCAUCGCUCAGUGUAGAGGAGAUGUCGAUUUACAAACAUGCCGUGAUUGUAUAAAAAAUGCAACUCGCUUGAUUUUAGAGGUAUGUCCUCACAAGAAAUCCGCCUUUGGUAUUUAUGAUAAGUGUCUGAUAAGAUAUUCGAAUGUGUCCUUCAUAGGCACCGUCUUAACUGACCCAAAGAAAAUUUAUUAUUACAACCAAAAUUUCUCGAACCCCCAAUUGUUCUUUAACCGAUAUCUGACACCCGUGUUGGAAAGUUUACGAAGUCGAGCUUCAGAGGGCGGGAAGCGUAAGUUUGCGACCAAUAUUACUCUUGCCCCAGAUUUUGUGACAGUAUAUGCACUUGUACAGUGCACAGCCGAUUUAUCAGCUGACGAUUGCUUCAAUUGUUUGACCACUGGCUAUCAAACUUUACCUGGUUGUGAGUGUUAUGCAAAGCGGGGAAACUACUACUUGAUGCCCAGCUGCAUUAUUCGGUAUGAACCUUACUCUUUCUUCAACGAGUCAUUUGCUGAAGCUCCGCCACCAUCGCCACCACCUGCCUCAUUGCCACUGCCACCCCCAGCUUCACCGCCACUGCCACAACCAGGGAAGGAUGAUAAAACCGCACGAACUGUCAUCAUUAUUGUUGUGCCCACUGUCACAGUUAUUAUUUUUAUUGUUUGUAUUCCUGUCAUCUUGAUGAAGAGGCGAAAGAGGAAGUUGGUGGACAAAAGAGAGAGUAUACAUGUGGAUGAUAUUAGUACUGCAGAAUCCCUGCAAUAUGAUUUUUCUACAAUUAGAGCAGCAACAAAUAACUUCUCAGAUGUUAAUAAGUUGGGACAAGGCGGAUUUGGUCCUGUGUACAAGGGUAAGCUUCCAAAUGGACAAGAAGUAGCAGUGAAAAGAUUGUCUGCAGACUCAGGCCAAGGUGAUCUAGAAUUCAAAAACGAGGUCUUGUUAGUCGCCAGGCUUCAACACAGGAAUUUGGUUAGGUUGCUGGGAUUUUGCCUUUAUGGAAUAGAGAGACUUCUUGUCUACGAAUUUGUUCCCAAUGCAAGCCUUGACCACUUUUUAUUUGAUUCGGUUAAACGUAGGCAAUUGGAUUGGGAAAGGCGUUCAAAAAUCAUAGGAGGUGUUGCUAGGGGAAUUCUUUAUCUUCAUGAGGAUUCCAGACUUCGGAUCAUUCAUCGUGAUCUCAAAGCUAGUAAUAUUCUACUAGAUGCAGAAAUGAAUCCUAAAAUCUCAGACUUUGGCAUGGCAUGGCUAUUUACACUGGAUGAAACUCGAGGCAGCACAAGCAGAAUUGUUGGGACCUAUGGAUAUAUGGCACCAGAAUAUGCGAUGCACGGACAAUUCUCAGUCAAAUCAGAUGUUUUCAGCUUUGGAGUACUAGUCCUAGAAAUUUUAAGUGGCCAAAGAAACACUUCUUUCAGAAAUGGAGAAUCCGUGGAAGACCUUUUGAGCUAUACUUGGUCGAACUGGCGCCAAGGAACAGCUGCAAAUUUGAUAGACCCCAUGUUGAGGGGAAGCACGGGACUGGUUCGUGACAUAAUGAGAUGUAUCCACAUUGCUUUAUUGUGUGUUCAAGAAAAUGUGGCAGAUAGACCAACUAUGGCU